AUGCGUCCUCUCACCGAUGAAGAGACCAAAAAGGUCUUCGAGAAGUUAGCCAACUACAUCGGCCGCAACAUAACCCACCUCAUCGACCGCCCUUCAGACCCCCACACCUUCCGUCUGCAAAAAGACCGCGUCUACUACGUCAGAACCUCAAUCGCCAACCUUGCAACUUCAAUCUCCCGUGCCUCCCUCCUUUCAAUGGGCACCUGUCUCGGUAAAUUCUCAAAAACAGGGAAAUUUAAAUUACACAUCACAGCCCUGGACAUGAUCGCUCCUCAUGCUAGAUAUAAGAUCUGGGUUAAACCUAACGGUGAAAUGCCGUUCGUGUAUGGAAACAAUGUGCUAAAGGCUCAUGUUGGAAGGAUGGGUGACGAUGUGGUGGAACACCAGGGCUGUGUGGUUUAUUCCAUGAGUGAUAUUCCUUUGGGGUUUGGAGUCACCGCCAAGUCGACGGCGGAGGUGAGGAGGCAAGAUCCUACGGGUAUUUCGGCAUUCAGACAAUCUGAUGUGGGAGAGUAUUUGAGAGAGGAAGAUACUUUGUUCUCUUAA